GGUUGGUGUGUGGGCCAUCUUGUGCUUUCACAGCCUUGUCGUUUCGCUGCAUGGAAACGCGGAACUGUCCGUAGGGUUACGAGCUGCAGCAACAGCCAGUGAACAGAAACUUAGUGGCUGUUAAGAGAAUUGUUCCAGGCAGCGUGGAUACUACAUGGAGCAACCUAUUAUUGACCGUAGAUGCCAUCGAAUGCAAGGACUUAACCAGCAGUCCUUCGACCCUUCAAACAAUGAUGAGCCGCUGCAGUUUAAUGAUCCAAAUGGCCCAUUGGUGACAGAAUGUUCUAUCCCUCUCUCUAAUGAACCAGUCAAGAAAAGGAAACGAAAUAAUAUAUCUGCAGCUGAUCAUUUCAAAAACGUACCUUUAGACUCCAGCCCACCUGGAAUGUCAUUAUCAGACCCUACAGCUUGGGCAACAGCCAUGAACAACUUAGGAAUGGGACCCCCAAUUGGAAUGACUGGACAGCCACUUAUGUCAGAGUUUGACCGAGGCCUUAGUAUGAUGACUGGGAUUACACCAAUUAAUCCAGUGAUGCCUGGAUUGGGCAUUGUCCCACCAACAAUUCGUCAAGACAUGCUUGUAGUGAAGGAGAUCAUUCAUUGUAAAAGCUGUACACUUUUUCCUCCAAAUCCACAUCUUCCUCCACCUGCUAUACGAGAACGGCCUCCAGGAUGCAAGACUGUCUUUGUUGGUGGUUUACCAGAGAAUGCUUCAGAAGAGAUAAUCUCUGAAGUUUUUGGACAAUGUGGUGAAAUCAUAGCGAUUCGUAAAAGCAAGAAAAACUUCUGCCAUGUUCGGUUUUCAGAUGAAUUCAUGAUAGACAAAGCUGUCUUUUUGUCAGGUUAUCGAAUAAGAAUAGGCUCCAGUACAGAUAAGAAGGAUACAGGUCGACUUCAUGUUGACUUUGCUGAAGCUAGAGAUGACCUUUAUGAAUGGGAAUGUAAACAACGUAUGAUGGCUAGAGAGGAACGCCAUCGUCGAAGAGUGGAAGAAGAAAGAUUUCGACUGCCUUCACCACCACCAAUCGUGCAUUAUUCAGAACAUGAAAGUGCUGUACUGUCAGAAAAACUGAAAGAUGAUGCAAAAUUCUCUGAAGCUGUUCAGACCCUUUAUACCUGGAUAGAACGAGGGGAAGUGAACCGCCGAUCAGCAAAUAACUUUUAUUCCAUGAUCCAGUCAGCUAACAGCCAUAUUCGAAGGCUUAUGAAUGAAAAAGUUCUACAUCAAAAAGAAGUGGAAGAAGCCAAAGAGAAGUUUAAGAAUGCUCUGUCAAGGAUUUUGGUUCAGUUUGAGCAGAUUGUCUCCGUUUUCCACUCUUCCUCCAAGCAAAAGGCGUGGGACCAUUUCUCAAAAGCUCAACGCAAGAAUCUGCAUAUGUGGCGAAAACAAGCAGAGGAAAUUCGCAGUAUGCAUAAUGAUGAGCUAAUGAGUAUUCGCCGUGAAGAAGAAAUGGAAAUGUCUGAUGACGAAGUCGAAGAAAUGCCAGAGAACAAAACUACAGAUGAAUCAGCACUGGCUGCUCAGGCUGAAACGCUGAAGCAAGAGAAUGACAGCCUGCGUUGGCAACUGGAUGCAUACAGAAAUGAGGUAGAUUUAUUAAAACAUGAACAGGGUAAGCACUACCACACUGAAGAGGAGACCACAAAGGACCAACAGCUAAGACUACUACAACAGGCAUUGCAAGGGAUGCAGCAGCAACUUCUGAAUUUAAGAGAAGAAUGCAAGAAGAAAGAAAUUGAAUUUGAGAAGGCAAAGGAAGAAAAGCAGAAAGCGGAGAUGUUGUUGGAAACGCUUAAAAUGAAGGAGGACAGUGUACGUAGACAAGAUAUGGAGGAAAGUGAUAACCAAAUAACUAACAAUACAGGAUGUGUAAUACCAGGUUCCAGUCAAGAGAAGGAUGGUGAAUUGGAUAGGGUCAUCACAGGGCCUGUCCGAUCAGAGAGAGAAGCACUUCUUGUUGGUAUAAUUUCUACAUUCCUCCAUGUCCACCCAUUUGGAGCCAGCAUUGAUUAUAUAUGUUCUUAUCUACAGCGAUUGGAUGCAAAGAUCUCUCCCAGUGAAAUAGAAGGUCUCAUGUCAAGACUACAACAUGUGUUCCAGCAGGAGAUAACUGGAGUUGGUGCAAGUUUGGAAAAACGGUGGAAAUUUGAUGGCUUUGAUGGAAUCAAAGCCCUCCAAAACUAAUAACUUGGUGGCUGCUCACAAGAUUACAGGACUACUCCAUACCCCACAGUACUGUUAUGAUUAAGUAGACUUUCUUCAAAAAAAACAAAGUCAUCAACAAUAUAAGCUGCACUUGGAUAUAGGCUUAAAGGGCAGAAUAGUGUUUCUCUGUUGGGUAAUAAACUGUGCUGUGCAAUUAUAGUUGGUGUAGAAAACAGAAGAAGUAGUACGAGCCAAAUUAUUACUGAAAUGUAAAUAGGCUGCAACUUAAACUGUGGAAAAAUAUACAAAAUAUACAUUUUCCCACAGCCAUGGUCUCACAUAAAUCAAACCACUGUUUCUCCUCUUUUUGAACUCUAUUAUAAUGUAAUGCAUCUCGUAAGACAUUUGUUUUUAUUUUGCUGUCAUAAUGUGGUGUCUCUAAACAUCUUUAGAAUCUUGAAAUGGUCCAUUUUCUCUCAAAUGCUAAUGGAAAUUAAAAAGCACACGUAAUUAUAUUGAUCCAUCUUCAAACCCCCAACGAAAAGGUCUGCUGAGAAUCUACUGAUUUUAUUUAUUAUAUGCAAUGGCUCAGUUCCUGUAUUGAAAACUCGGCUGCUCCUUUCUCCAUUCCCCUUGUCUCACCUAAUUUCUCCUGAACGUGGUUGUACAAAGUAGGAAAUUAGUCUGUGGGCAUUGGGAAAACUACAGUGCUGUCACUGAAAUCCCUAUCCUUUGACCUGGUUAGGUCGGUGAAUUAUGGUGGUCUAUUUGAAUGCAUUGGGUACCUGCACUGAGCUUAAUUUUCUCUUUAUGGAACAUUCUCUCAAGUGCACUUUUCAACUGGACCUACUUGGAAAUUUGGCAAAUUUGUCCAAUUUCUUAGUCUGGUGACCAAGGUCAAUUGCAGCUACCACAGACUGAGCUGAAAUGACCUAAUCAAUGGAACCUGGUACGUUCUUGGUCUGUGUAGCUUAGUUCACAUUGCAUGAUAAUAAAUACCCACAAAGCUAUUUGGACAAUGUUCUCCAAAAGCACUUUUUGUCUAUGGCUGAGUAAAUUUGUCAAAAGCAGUAUUUACUGAGACAAUGUCAUUUCAGGCUGUUCUUUUAAAAGUAGCAGGAUUUCAGAGAGAUUGAAAUUCCAUUACAUAAACAGCUGUAACAGAAACAUGACUUUUAUAUCAAUUGGUCCUGUGUGAUAAAUGGAGAAUGUCAGUUUGCAUGUCAUGCUAUUUCUAAAAGGUAUGCAUCUGCCAUAAAUGGAUGGGCCUGAUUGGGUUUAAUAUUGGCUACACACAUCUUACUGAAGAUGAAAAUGUAGCAUAGAAAGAAAUGUUCCAUUCUUAGUUCAUAAGGGAAAAAAAAGGCAGCGUGUGCCAGUAUUCAUGUUUUGAGAAGAAGAAAUGUAAACAUGUUAACAUAUAUUUAAGUCUGAAGUGCUGUACGUUUUAGUAAACAGUUCAGGGACAGAAUUGUUUACAUCUGUGAAUUAAAAAAAAACAUCCCUGUGCACUAACUUCUUAUCUCUCAAAGCAGUACAGUUUGGAGAACACAUCUCGUUUGUACAGGCUCAGUUACACUGUAUUAAUAAUUUUAUUUUUUAGAGAAAUUAUUUUUUACAGAACUUUAAUACUUGAGAUAAUAAACGAACUGCAGAUGCUGAAGAUCUGAAACAAAAUUGCUGGAAUAAUUCAGCAGGUCUGCCUAGGUCUAUGGAGAGAAAAUAGAGUUAAUGUUUCAGAUCUAAGGACAUUUCUUCAUUACAGUUCUGAAGAAGGGUCAGUAAACUUGAAACAUUAAUACGGUUUUUCUCUCCAGAGACGCUGUCAGACCUGAUGAUUUUCUCCAGCAAUUUCUGUUCUCAUUUGUUUUUAAUACUUGAGAGUUUACUUUGUUUUUGUAUUGCUAUUGUUAGAAGACAUAAGCAAUAACAUCUAUGGUUAGUUAAAGUGUAAGAAACUGAGAAUUCGUUCUGCUAUUUUAUGCUUUAUAAUAUGAUAGACAGUUGCAAUUUGUUGCCAUUCCGAUUUCAAAAGUCUGAUAUGCUUCACUGUUAGUUGAAAUUAUUUCAUAUGCUGUUGAUUCAUAAUUAGAGUGCCAAGUUUUGGCACAAAAUAAUAUUUGGAGCACAACAUUUCCAGUGAAGUAUUCUACGGGCACAAAUGAUCCAUAGAAUCUUAACAUACCUUCAUUGUUGUGUUCUUUUCAAGGGAUUAAUAACAUCUGCAGUGUUUACUUGCAAAUCUAUUCCUCUUGUGCAUAAUGAAAAUCAAGGGCUUUGAAAAUUAAGUAAAUUACUGAAGUUGUGUGCAGUGUAUAGAUUAUAUGGUUCAGUCUCAAACCGACUAACAAGGUUCUAGGUUCGAUCUGCAAUGUGCUAAAUUAGUUAAUUUCAGCUGGUUUCAUAGAGCAGUUCAUAUGGCUUUCAUAUCUCUGGGGCUAAUGAUGUGGGAAGAAAAAACCAGCCUGCUGUUAAGCUGCUUUUACUGAAGCACACAUGAGAUUAUAUAAAAACCAAAGCAUAGAAAUAGGCUGUUUGUCCCAAACAAUUUUAUGUCAGUGUAUAUGCUACACAAGCCUCUUCUCAGCCUAACGACCUAUUUUUACUUACCCCAUAUUUGCUUCUCCUUCACGUUGUGAUUCUUUUUAAAUGUGUCAGCCACAUUUUAAAAAUGAGAAAUGGAAUGAGCUUUGCAUUAUGCACCAGGUGUCAAAAUUGUUUUUUAUUUGCCAUUUGCUACCCAGCCUCACUUUUCUGGGUAAUGUUUAUUGCUUAAAAAUGUCACAGAAACCGGUAACCUGGUUAUUUAGCUCAAUGCUCGUGAAGCCUUGCUUUGUGCUAUUUUUUUGGCACAGUUCCCUACAACAGAAUCCCAAAGGUACAUGGAAAUUUAAUAGGCUGUAGAAUGCUUCAGCUGUCUUGUGAUUAUAAAAGCAUCACAAUUACUAACGAUUCUAAUUUUGAAGAAUGACUGACUGAGUUAACGCCAUAGUGUUCUCAUUAUAUACAAACAGAAGCAAAGAUCUUCAACAAAGGGGAGGAAAUCAGAAUAAAAGUUUUUUUUUAAUCUGCAACUGAAUUGAAUAAUGCAAUUGCCUUAAUGCUGUUGUAUUCAGUUUUUUUGAACCAAGUUGUUUAAUUGUUUAUAGUUUUCAAAUUAACCUCUCUUGGAUGAGAUUCCACGAUUCAGAUUUAUCAAAGUUGACAGUUAAGAACUAAUGUUAUGUAUUGAUUGUUAAUUCUGGGUUAAUUUACAGAUUUACUACUGCAAAAAAAUGUACUGAGAAUUAUUACUAAUAUCUGAGAGUAUAUGAUCAUUUUGGGAACACUUUAUGCAUGAAAAUAAAAUGAUUCAUUUAUUGCCCAUGGAAUAAAACCUGCUACAGCUGUCUGGGAUAUUUUGAUUAACCAGGUAUCCUGUGUGGCUGGGCAGUUCUGCAAUAUUAUUUUAAAGCAGGGAGAGGGACUCAUCUGAGUGCUCUAUCAGUUUGUUGUAAUGAUUAGCAAGUUGUAUU